AUGAAAUUUACGUUUAUAUUUUUAUUUUUGUUUGGUGUGUCGUUGAUUUGUCUUGUUGAGGGAAAACCUCCAAAUGCACCAGCUUCACCAGCACAACCACAAAAUGACGACGAUGAUGAAGAGUUCAAUGAAGAUGAAGAAGAAGCAGAAGAAGAGGCAGAAGAAGAACCUGAAGAUGAAGAAGAAUAUCCCGAGGAAGAAGAAGAAGAUGCUGAAGAUGAGUAUGAACUAGAAGAAGGCGCAGAAGAGGAUUAUUAUGACGAUGAGACUGAAGCACCUACUACUUUACCACCAACGACCACUACAACAACAAAAGCAACAACUACAACAACAAAACCAACAACUACAACAACUAAAUCCACCACAACAUCUACAACAACUAAACCAACGACUACUUCUACAACUACAAAAGCUACAACAACAACCUCAACAUCCACAACAACUGUAGAUCCCAGAAAAGCACUAGAACCUAAAAUAAUGAAUCUCUUAAACAGCCUAUCAGCACUUCAAACAGCUGUAAGUUCAGCAACUGUUCAAGAUGAGGCGUGUCAAGACAGCAUAUCAUCUAGCUUGGUAGCUUACUUAGCUUCAGGUCUGCAAUUAGAAACGAAUAUCUAUAACGAACCUUAUAGCAAGGAUGUCAAAGAUUUGACGACUUUGGAAGGUAAUUUAAGUGACAUUAGCAAAGACUGGGCUGAAUGUUUGGCUAGAACUACAAGCACGACAUCUACAACAACCAGCACAACAACUGAGAAGCCUACAACAACUAGUACAACAACUGAAGCUACAACAAGCACUACAGAAGCUACAACAAGCACAACAGAAACUACAACCACCACCACUGAAGCCACAACAAGCAUUACAGAAGCUACAACAACGACAUCCGAAGAAAAAAAGCUCAAAUUUAUUCCAGGAUUUACAAUUGAUCCACCAAAGGCAGAAUAUGCUCAGGAACCAAACUCAGCCGAAGACGAUGAGAUUCAGAAGCAACUGAUGGACGAAAUUAAGCGUACCGAAGACAUGAUUGAGAAACAAAAGCAUGCAAUCAUUGUGCCAAUGGCAAUUGAACCUGCUAUUGAGGAACCUGAAGAUGUACCAGAACCCACAGAAGCUCCAAUAACAACAACAACGAUUGAUACAGCAACAAACAUCCUUACAACGCCCUCAACAUCCCCAAAACCACAUGUCACAAAUAUUAAGAAGGUAGAUCCAGCAACAACAACAACAACAGCACGUUAUGUAUAUAAGCACAUGAUUCAUCCAAAAAAGAGUUUGAGAACAACGAAGGAUAAAGCACCGCCAAUUUGUACCGACAGCAUGGAUUUAUAUUCAGGAAAUAAAUAUUCAAAAUCAGUUUGUGUGAUUAAUCGAAAUAUGAGCUAUGAAGCUGGACAUGACCUGUGCCUUAAAGAGGAAAUGGACUUGUUUGCAAUACAGACAAUCGAUCAUCAUCUUGAAUGUCGUCUCAAUAUGUUCAACUUGUUCGAGAAUGUCCAUUCGUACUGGAUUAAUGGACGCAAAGUUAAUGAUUUUUGGUAUUAUUUCAGCUCUGAAAAUAACGGACAGAAGAGAUUCAUUUAUCCAGGAACUCAAUUCGAUGGUCCACAAACUGGAAACUGUUUGAGAUUAAUGAAGUUUGAGGAACAUAAUACUGUUGCAGCUAAUGCAGCUAAUUGUAAUAUGGAACUGCCAGUUUUUUGUGAAUAUUAUAUUCAGUAA